AUGUCUCGUCAGUCUGUCUGCAUGAGCUUCGGAGGAGGGAGAAAGGGAUUCAGCUCCUGCUCCGCUGCUGGUGGUGGCUUUGGAGGCUGCGGUGGCCGGAGCAAGACCAGCUACAGCUCGUACUCCUCAUCCCGAGGAGGAGGAGGAGGACACUGCGGGGGGUUCAGCAGCCGGAGCCUGCACAACACGGGGGGCAGCAGAAGGAUUGCCAUGGGCGGAUGCUACGGCGGCAGCAGCUACGGCAGCAGGAUGGGCGGCUACGGUGGAGGGAUGAGCUGCGGAGGAAUGGGUGGUGGCGGAAUGGGUGGUGGCGGAAUGGGUGGCUUUGGUGGUGGAAUUUGUGGUGGAAUGGGUGGUGGGUCAGGAAUGGGUGGCUUUGGUGGCGGGAUGGGCAGUGGGGGAAUGGGCGGAAUGGGUGGAAUGGGCGGCUUUGGUGGCCCGGGCUUCCCUGGAGGCAUCCAGCCGGUGCAAGUUGACCCCAGCCUCCUGCGUCCGGUCCAUGUGGAGAUUGACCCCCAGAUCCAGCAAGUCAAAAACCAAGAGAAGGAGCAGAUAAAGACCCUGAACAACCAGUUUGCCUCCUUCAUUGACAAGGUCCGAUUCCUGGAGCAGCAGAACAAGGUGCUCUCCACCAAGUGGGAGCUGCUCCAGCAGCAAGGGCCGUCGGGGCCCAGGAAGAACCUGGAUGUGAUCUUUGAGAAUUACAUCCAGAACCUGCGGAGGAGGCUGGAUUCAACCCUGGCACAGCGGAGCCAGCUGGAGUCAGAGCUGCAGAACAUGAGGCAGUACGUGGAGGAGUUCAAAACCAAGUAUGAGGAGGAGAUCAACCGGCGCACGGCUGCUGAGAAUGAGUUUGUGGUGCUGAAGAAGGACGUGGACUGUGCCUAUAUGAACAAAGUUGAGCUGGAAGCCAAGGUGGGAGCUCUGACAGACGAAAUCAACUUCCUGAGGUGCAUCUACGAGGAGGAGCUGUCUCAGAUGCAGACAAUCAGCCGGGACCUGUCCGUGGUGGUGUCCAUGGACAACAACCGGCACCUGGACCUGGACAGCAUCAUCGAGGAGGUGCGGCGCCAGUACGAGCAGAUCGCCCAGAGCAGCCGGGCCGAGGCCGAGGCCUGGUACCAGAGCCGGUAUGAAGAGCUCCAGAGCACGGCCGGCCGGCACGGGGACAACCUGCGCAACACCAAGAUGGAGAUCCAGGAGCUGACCAGGAACAUCCAGAGGCUGCGGGGUGAGAUUGAGAGCGUGAAGAAGCAGAACCAGCAGCUUCAGGCAGCCAUCGCUGAAGCUGAGGAGAAGGGGGAGAUGGCCAUCAAGGAUGCCAGGAGGAAGCUGGAAGAGCUGGAAUGUGCCCUGCAGAAGGACAAGGAGGAUCUGGCUCGCCUGCUGAAGGAGUACCAGGAGCUGCUGAACACCAAAAUGGCACUGGAUGUUGAGAUUGCCAUGUACAGGAAGCUGCUGGAGGGGGAGGAGAACAGGUACUUAAUUGCAUGUCCAACGUCAAUGUCUGUAACGGUGGUGGGCAGGACGACCAUCUCCGGAGGCAGAGGAGGCAUGGGAGGAGGAUUCGGAGGCAGCGGCAUGGGAGGAGGAUUCGGAGGCGGCAGCUGUGGAAUGGGAGGAGGAUUCGGAGGCGGCAGCGGCAUGGGAGGAGGAAUGGGAGGAGGUGGCAUCUGCGGAGGAGGCAGCAUGGGCGGCAGCUGCGGCAUGGGGGGAGCCAUGUACGGUGGGGGCUUCUCCUCCGGCAGCGGAAGGAUGUGCGGCUCCGGCGGGGGAUCCUCCUCCGUGCGGAGAUGCGUCACCACCACCUCGGUCAAAUCUUCGGGGGUGAGAUUCUGAGCCCCGAGGGUUGACAAAAAAGAAGCACCUCCCGUGUCCUGCUGACAGCAGCCCAGCCUGCCAAAGCCCAGCUCCGGUGUCCUGCAAUGGAUGAACGCCGUCCCUCCCACCCAGCUCCUUCCAGCUCCUGUUCCCACACGGGGUUCUGGUGGUGAUGCCGUGGGUGUCCCGGCACCGGGAGCUGCCUGGCAGGAGGGGCCGCUCUGCCUUCCUUGCUGUGUUGUACAUUUCUUGUGGCAAAUGUGUAUAAACCCCUCUGUCCUCCUCUCUCCUCUUGCUCUGUGUCCCUACUGCCCUUCCUCCGUGUGCGUGUCCUGCCCU